GCGGAGGAAGGAAUGCGGCAGGAUGCUCAUUAUUAUAGCUGUCAGUGACGACUGAGGAAAAAACAACACAGUUUUCAUGAAAGCUUUACGUGGAUAAUUAACGCCAUGUCCGCUGCAUCUGUCGCGGUGUGGCUCGGAACGGUUGUCACCAUCUUGUCGAGGUCCCAUGCAGACCGUAACGUCUACCCAUCAGCAGGAGUGCUGUUCGUCCACGUUCUGGAGAGGGAGCACUUCAAAGGAGAGUUUCCACCUUAUCCCAAAUCAGGCGAUGCCAGRGACGAUCCAAUCACUUUCAACACCAACCUGAGGGGCUACCCCGACCGGCCAGGCUGGCUGCGCUACAUCCAGAGGACCCCUCACAGCGAUGGCGUGCUCUACGGUUCUCCUACUGCAGAGCACGUUGGCAAAGCUACGAUCAUAGAGAUUACUGCCUAUAACAGACGCACGUUUGAGACGGCACGGCACAACCUGGUCAUAAACAUCAUGGCCACAGAAGAGUUUCCGCUGCCUUACCAAGCCGAGUUUUACAUCAAAAACAUGAAUGUGGAGGAGAUGUUGGCCAGCGAGGUGCUGGGGGACUUCCUCGGGGCUGUGAAAAACGUGUGGCAGCCGGAAAGGCUCAACGCCAUCAACAUCACCUCAGCUCUGGACCGCGGGGGCCGGGUGCCUCUGCCUAUCAACAAUCUAAAAGAAGGUGUUUAUGUGAUGGUCGGUGCUGACGUUCCUUUCUCGUCGUGCCUGCGGGAGGUGGAGAACCCGCAUAACCAGCUGCGCUGCAGUCAGGAGAUGGAGCCCGUCAUCAGCUGCGACAAGAAGUUCAGAGCUCAGUUUCACAUCGACUGGUGUAAAAUCUCCCUGGUUGACAUUAACAAAGUAGUCCCGGUCUACAUCACUCGUCCCGACCCGGGUACAGGGAUACUGCCUGAUUUCGGGGAAUACAACCCUCCAUCUGAGUCUCUGAAGAGCCGGGAUUACUUCUCCGACUUCCUCAUCACGCUGGCCGUUCCUUCGGCUGUGGCGCUCGUCCUCUUCUUCAUCCUCGGCUACACUAUGUGCUGCAGACGGGAAGGGGUGGCAAAAAGAAACAUGCAAACACCAGCCAUCCAGCUGGUUCAUCACAGCGCCAUCCAGAAGUCCACCAAGGAGCUGCGGAGCAUGUCCAAGAACCGCGAGAUCUCCUGGCCUCUCUCCACCCUGCCCGUCUUCAACCCAGUCAGCGGGGAGGUGGUGCCGCCCAUCCACCCAGACAACUACGAGACCACCAGCAUGCCUCUUAUGCAGACACAGGCGAAUCUGCAAAACCAAAUAACAAUACCACAACAGAGGCCAUCAGGAGAUAAUUAUGUUAUGUCGACAUUUCGACGGCUGGAGGUAAAUGGUAUUCCUGAGGAAAGGAAGGUGGCUGAAGCUCUCAAUUUAUGACCAGAAGCAUCAGGCACCACUUUCCAACAUCUGUGUUUUCUAACAUUUGUGCCAAUCUGCAUGUCUCACCAGUAAGGUUUUAUCAUUCAUGCACUUAAACCUUUAUUAGUGAGAGUACGAGAGAACAAGAGUGUAGCUGAUUAUUAUACUUUUUAAAUAUUUGUGUAUGUUUAAAAAAAGAAAAAAGCCUAUUUUUACUUGCUUUGCACAAAGGACCUAAAGAGAAAGAGAGUGUCAUGUUUUAUGUAAUGUGCCAUAUGAGAAAUAAAAUCUUUUAAAAACUA